AUGUCUAAUGAUCCAGUCAAGCUCUUGACAAAAUUAUCAUACAAAAAUGGACGCCUAGUAACGGAUGUUGAAGAAGAAAUCGCUUUAUCAUUUUCCGUCGAACCAUUCAAGAAUGUUGGGGAAAGAGUAAGAGAAUACAUUGAUUCCUCGGUACUAAUGAUCCCAACACGAUUCUUUGGAAUUAUUGCCUCUUUAGAAACUUUG